AUGUUUCAUAUCAAAACGCUUUCUUACCUAAUUCUUUUAGUUUCCAUUGAAACAAUUUUUGGAAUUGUUGGCGGAAGACAUGCAGCAGUUCCACCUUACGAUGAUCCAGUUGUCUUCGUGAAUCAUGUUGGAAGAAUAGCAAGAGUUGAGGGAUAUCAAAAUCCAUCGACUGGUCUUUACACAUUUCGUGGAAUAAAAUAUGCCGAUCCACCGAUCAGAGAGAAUCGAUUUAUGAGACCACGAAUGAAACGUUUAUCGGGCGAUAUUGAUGGACGGAAGAAUGCACCGCCAUGUCCACAACCAGAUUUUUAUGAUGAGAAUAAAAUAAUUGGAGAUGAAGAUUGUUUAGCUUUAAAUAUUUUUACACCACAAAUGCCAGACGAAAGUACCGGAUUGCCAGUUUUGUUGUGGAUUCAUGGCGGUGGUUAUCGAUAUGGAUCAGCAGCACAAUUCGGAGCUGAACCAUUAGUACAAAACAAAGUAAUCUUCGUUCCAAUUCAAUAUCGUUUAGGGACACUUGGAAUUCUUGGCGAUGGAAGAAGAGAGUUUAGUGGAAAUGUUGGAAUGUUUGACAUGUACGCAGCUCUUCAAUGGAUUAAACAAUACAUUUCGUUUUUCGGCGGUGACCCUCAACAAAUAAAAGUCAUCGGACAUGGAUCUGGAGCUUCAAGUGCAAUGCAUCUUUCAUCAUCGCCAAUCUCAAGGAAUUCUCUAAAUGGAGUUGUUUCAAUGUCAGGAAGUUCCUUAAGUCAAUACUCUUACGAUGAAAAUGCCGAAAUAUCAACUGAAGAAAUCGCAAAAGUUCACCAAUGUCCACAUGCAAAUGAAAUUGAAUUGUUGAAGUGUUUGAAAAAGAAGUCAACGGAAGAAAUUAUAAAACAAGAUUCAAAAUUACAAUUUGAGAGAUUGAUGGAGAAGAAUAUGAUAAAAGCGAUGAAUGGAAUGUUGUCAUUUUCCCCCAACAUUGAACCUCCAGAUGAUCAAAGAGGUUUGCCAGGGGUAAUCACGGAUAAUCCAGAAGACAGUUUAAAGAAAGAAUCUCACGACAAAAUGCCACUUUUAAUAGGCGUCACCAAACAUGAAACAGCAAAUGGAAUAGACGUUAAUGAAAUUAACAGAGUCUUCAAAUCAGCGACGGGAUUUUUGAAAGAAUCAGUGGCAACUUUAAAGAUUCGAAAUCUUGUUAAUGUUCCUAAACAUUUAGCGGGAUUAGCUGGCACACUUGGCCUUCCAACAUUGGAAGAAUAUUUGACAGUUCCUGAUGGAAUUCAUCCCGAGAAGCUUUUAGGUAAACUCGUCGAGACCACCACCGACGUUUUUUUCAAUGUUCCAUCAAUCAUGGCAGCUGAUCUUUGGGGCAAAAGGUCAAAAGCAUUCUUCUAUCAAUUUGAGCACGUUGGAGAUUCAGAAUCGAGUGGAAAACUUCUCUUAAAGCCUUUGCCUUUAGUGUCGAAGAGACAAAGCCCAAAUAUGGUGGCACAUGGUGAUGACUUGGGAUAUCUUUUUGAUAUUCACGAUGUUUUCGGCAAUCGAAUUAACGCAACAACAAUAAAGUCAACUCGUGACAUCAGAGCAAGACAAAACUUUAUCGAAAUGAUCGUUAAAUUUUCUUACAUCAACUCAACAUUGUCGGAAUUUAAACUCAACAAUCAAAUUUUGAUUCCAUUUAGUACCGACGCAAGUCAUUUCAUUAAAGUUUCGGAUAAAUUUUCAAUCGAUAAAGAUUUUCGUUUCUGUCAAUUGACAAUGUUAGGAUGUCCACUUAAAGCGAUACAAAAAGUUUCUUGUCAUUUCUUAUCAGAAGGAUUAAGAAUUGCUAAGAAAAUUGUUUCAGCGCCAAAGAAACUUCUCUCAAAAGUUAAAAAACUUUGGUAAAUGAUUUAUGUUAGAAA